AACUCGAAGAGAUAUCACCGUUUGUUCCGCGUAUAUUAGACGUAUUUCGUCCAUCUGACCAUAGUCAGACGACUUGCCGCUUUUACCGGAUCCAUAACACAACAAAACGCUGGGCACUAACUGUCACUUACAUAUUCUGGAUUCCGAAACGAAUAAAUAGUGACAUGGAAGAGGUUAAUGAACACACUGACUCAUCGAAAAGCUCGGUAGAAGAAGCAAUUGUUAACACAGAGACUGAAACAAAAGAGUUAAUUGUAUUGGACCCCAAUGCGAUAGAAGUUGAUUUCAACCAUGGACGGAUUGAAAAACUCGAAAAUCUGGAAUGUCUGACCCAAGUAGAGGGACUGUAUCUCCGCUGGAAUCUUAUUAAAAAGAUUGAGAACAUUGGAAUGUUAACCAGCUUGAAAGAAUUGGAGCUUUAUGACAAUCAGAUUACUGAAAUUGAAAAUCUUGGAUCACUUGUCAAUUUGGAACUUCUUGAUUUGUCGUUCAAUCGGAUCAAAACUAUUAAAGGAUUGGACACCUUGGUGAAGCUGAAAAAAUUGUUUCUUGUAUCCAAUCGAAUUGAGAAAAUUCAAAAUCUUUGUAAUCUGAAAGAAUUGCAAAUGCUUGAACUUGGUGACAACAAAAUUAGAGUGAUUGAAAAUCUGGAUGAGCUUAUUAACUUAGAAUCUUUAUUUUUGGGUAAAAAUAAAAUAACCCAACUGAAUAAUUUACUAAGUCUUACAAAACUAAAGCUACUUAGCAUACAAAGUAACCGUAUCGUGACGAUAGAAAAUCUUGACAAACUAGUUAAUCUAGAGGAGUUGUAUUUAUCCCACAAUGGAAUUCAGGUUAUCCAAAAUUUGGAACACAAUGUUAAACUCCAGACUUUAGACCUUGCUGGAAAUAGAAUCAAGCUAAUACAGGGUUUAAGCACUCUAUCUAAUCUUGAAGAAUUUUGGUUCAAUGACAAUUUAGUUGAAGACUGGAGUCAAUUGUCAGGACUUAGUGGAGCUAUCAAAUUAUCAACUGUUUACUUAGAACGCAAUCCAAUUCAGAAAGAUAUCAAUUAUCGUCGAAAAAUUAAAAUGGCCUUACCAUCAUUGUCACAGAUAGACGCUGCUCUAUGUCGAUGAUUACAUGCAAAUGAGUUCAAUUACGAAUACUACUUUUGAGGAUUAAAUAAAACAAGGUUUGAUUUUGCA